CGGAGGUGUACUGGAAUCGAAUCGCACAUGGCAUAUUUCCAUAUUUCCUGGCGUAACUUCGUAGCCGACUCCAUCCUCCAAAAUUAUGUCUUACUGCAGAGAAGAGGGUAAAGAUAAAGUGAUUUUCGUGACUGAGGAAGACCAUGCGACCCCAAGCUCUGUGACAUUGGGCGAAGAUGACGAAGAAGAAUUAGAAGGUCUGAUCACAGAAAGCGGCGAAAUAAACUGGGAUUGCCCUUGUUUGCAGGGAAUGGCAUACGGGCCUUGUGGAGAACAAUUCAAAGCAGCAUUCUCAUGCUUUCAUUACAGCGAAGCGGAUCCAAAGGGUUCUGACUGUAUUCCACAGUUUCGUGACAUGCAGGAGUGUUUUGUGAAGUUUCCUCAAAUUUAUGGAAAAGAUGAUGAAUUUGAUGAAGAAGAUGACUCGAUAAACAUGAAAUUAGAAACUGAAAAGACUAUUAAUGGACAAGAAAAUACCAUGUUGUCCGAAGAAAAUUACUCAGCGCUGGUUUCUGUUGAUAGUUCCGAUGCAAACUCAACUUCAAGCUGACCAUUUUUUUCUAAUGGCUGUUUUAAUAGUUUGUAUUCCACAUUGGUGGGAGGAAGUUGUUGUAACAAUGUUUUUGAAUUUCACACUCCUUUGAUGCCAUCAAAAUAGUGUUGUCACAUGUG